GAGGAGAGAGGAGGGGCGAGUCUAGAGCGCUGGGGUCACUCCUCCUCUCUGGAGCUGGCUCAUUCCUCUUCUCUAGUUGCACAUUAAGUUUCUCCAGCAUGAAGGCUGAGCUUGGCCAGUUCAGAACUACUCUAGCUGCAAGAGGAGGCUUCUGAGGAAGAUUGAGGAAAGAACAAGCUGUGAACCGCCCGUGUGUGUACUCGAGGCUACUCCAGUUCCGGUUUCCAGCCCCUGUGAAGAGGAAGCAGAUCUGGAUGGAGAAGUCUCAGCUCCUUCUCCAGCACCAUGUCUGCCUGCAUGGCACCGUGCUCCCUGCCAUGAUGGACUCAACCUCCAAAACUAAGACAGUCCCCUUCUGCUGCCUGUGGAUCGAGAUGUGGAACUCUCAGUUCUUCCACCACCAUGCCUGCCUGCACGCUGCCAUGCUGUCUGCCAUGAUGAUAAGGGACCGAACCUCUGAAACUGUAAGCCAGCCCCAAUUAAAUGUUUUCCUUGUAAGAGUUGCCUUGGUCAUGUUGUCUCUUCACAGCAAUUAAGACACUCUCCUAAUAUGGACCUCACACAAAUGGCACACAGAUGUGACUAGAUAACUUCUUUGUUACAAAAGAACUUCUAUUCUCUUGGCAGGGUCAGGGUAGUAGAAUGAUUCUCAGAAUUCACCCAUUGUAUCUCUCUCUCUCUUUUUUUUUUUAUUAACUUGAGUGUUUGUUAUAUACAUUUCGAGUGUUAUUCCCUUUCCCGGUUUCCGGGCAAACAUCCCCCUCCCCCCUCCCCUUCUUUAUGGGCGUUCCCCUCCCCAUCCUCCCCCCCUUGCCGCCCUCCCCCCAACAAUCUAGUUCACUGGGGGUUCAGUCUUAGCAGGACCCAGGGCUUCCCCUUCCACUGGUGAUCUUACUAGGAUAUUUAUUGCUACCUAUGAGGUCAGAGUCCAGGGUCAGUCCAUGUUUAGUCUUUAGGUAGUGGCUUAGUCCCUGGAAGCUCUGGUUGCUUGGCAUUGUUGUUCUCUCUCUCUCUUUCCUUCUUUCUUUUUUCCUUUCUUUUUUUUUUUUCCGGAGCUGAGGACCGAACCCAGGGACUUGCGCUUUCUAGGCAAGCGCUCUACCACUGAGCUAAAUCCCCAACCCCUUCCUUCUUUCUUUUUUAAAAGAUUUAUUUAUUUGUUUUAGGUAACACUGCCAAUGUCUUCAGACACACCAGAAGAGGGCAUUGGAUCCCAUUACAGAUGGUUGUGAGCCACCUUGUGGUUGCUGGGAAUUGAAUUCAGGACCUCUGGAAGAGAAGUCAUUACUCUUAACUGCUGAGCCAUCUCUCCAGCCUUGCAUCUCUGUUUCUGCUGGCCUGUGUGGUACCCUUGAAUCCUUUUAAGGAUUCAUUUCUGUGAGUGUGUGUGUGUGUGGGGGGGUGUAUGUGUUUACAGAUACCAGCAGAGGCCACAGGUGUUGGGUCCCCAGGAGUUGAAGUUUGCAGGUAGCUGUGAAUACCCAACAUGGGUACUGGUAACUAGACUUGGAUGCUCUGAAAGAUUCCCCAUUGUACUUAAUUUUUUUGGUUAAUUUUUAAGGUUUAAUUCUCUCUCUCUCUCUCUCUCUCUCUCUCUCUCUCUCUCUCUCUCUCUCUCUCUCCUCCCCCGCCGUGUGUGUGUGUGUGUGUGUGUGUGUGUGUGUGUGUGUGUGUGUGUGUGUGUGUGUGUUGCCUGGCUGUAUUCAUCUGCACUUCAGAAGUCAGGUGUUGGAUCCUCUGGAAUUCAUGUGAGUGCUGGGAACUGAACCAGAAACAAACACUCUUAACCAGUUAGCUAUCUCUUCUGCCCUCCCCAGUGUGUUUUCAUUAUUACAUCCUUUAUCCUAAUUACGUUCUAGAUGACAAGCAAAUGGAUAUUCCGAUAAGAGGAGGCAAUAUGAAAUGCUCCCCUUGUUUUUGGGUGGCCGCAGAAGCCUACAACUGCUGGUGGAGACGGUGUUACUUGUGCAGCUGAGGUACUGCCUUCGGACCCCGUCUCGCCUCCUCUUUCCGGAGCAAGUCUACAUGCUCCUCCAAGUUAAGGGUCGAGUCUUUUUUGUCCUGUGUUCCCAGUACGGAAGGCACUAGUCCUGGUACAAUGUAGUGUGCAAGCAGUGUUGAUUCCACUGAACUACAGAGCUCUGCAGAGCCUGAGUGUCCACGCCCCUAAACCUCAAGCGAGACCCGGCCUCGGGAAAGCUCAGUAUUGGCUCCCGGAGGGACCCGAAACCGAGGUGAACUGCGGAAAGGAAACUUGCAUCGAGCCUGAACUCAGUUUCCGUGGCAACUACCCAGGGGCGUGGCCACUGUCAGGACGUCUCUAUGGUUUCUACGUCCUAGAGGGGCUUAAGUGCACUUCCUGGAAGAUGGCGGCACCCAAGUCGUGUAUGGCACGUGCUUCCACGGAGAGGACUGUACACUGAUGAGUAUGGUGCCACUUUUUCCCUGCUGAGAACCUGAGGACAGAGCCUCUCCCUGCCAUGAGUGUCACCCCAGAGGUGAAGAGUCGUGGGAUGAAGUUUGCUGAAGAGCAGCUGCUGAAGCAUGGGUGGACUCAAGGCAAAGGCCUGGGCCGGAAAGAGAAUGGCAUCACCCAGGCCCUCAAGGUGACACUGAAGCAAGAUACCCAUGGGGUGGGACAUGACCCUGCCAAGGAAUUUACAGACCACUGGUGGAGUGAUCUCUUCAACAAGACUGCCGCCAACUUGGUAGUGGACUCUGGCAAGGAUGGAGUGCAGAUAAGGCGCCUUUCCAAGGAGACCACCCAGCGCAGUCACUCAAAGCCCAGCUUGCUGUAUCAGAAGUUUGUGAAGACAGCCACACUAACCUCAGGUGAAGAGAAGCCUGACAGAGACUUGGAGAGCUGCAGUGAUGUUGACAACCGUGAACCCAUACCCCCAAAGAUUCUGACUGAUGAGAUGCUACUCAAAGCUUGUGAGGGGCGAACAGCACACAAGGCUGCCCGGAUUGGAAUCACCAUGAAGGCCAAGCUUGCUCGCCUGGAGGCCCAAGAGCAGGCCUUCCUGGCUCGGCUUAAAGGCUCAAAGGACGUGGGCACCUCUCAACCACUGACUGACAGUGAGCCCUCCCAAAAAAAGAAAAAGAGGAGGAAGCAGAAAGAGGAGGAAGAGGCUGCAACAACUGAAAAGAGUCUAGGUGAGGAGCUCCUGGAACACACUGACAAGAGCUUUAGGAAAAGUAAGAAGAAAAAAAAGAAGAAGAAAGAUGAGAGAGAGGGAACAGCUAUAGGAAGUGAGGAGGAAGAGGCUGCAGGAGUGUGUGGGCCUGCAGAACUGAGCACAGAGCAAUCUGAUCAGUCUUCCAGGAAAAAGAAGAAAAGGAGGAGGCGGCACCAUGAAGAAGAGGAAGAGAUGGGAGUCUGUGAUGAAGGAGGCAGAGAUGUGACAGGCGGGCCAAAGGCAGUCAACAGUGGAGCAGAUACAGAUCCCUGGAGAAGCAGCAAGAAGCGACAGACAUGUGAGGAGGACUUGGAUACCCAAGAUGAAGAAGAUAAGGAUGACCUAACAAAAAAAGAGAGAAAGGUCAGAAAAAAAGACAAAAAGAAAAGACAGCAGUACUGUGAGGAGGUCUUGGAUGUAAGCAACAAAGAUGAUGGCAGGACUUGGGAAGCAGAGGAUGGAGGUGAGAGAAGUCAGCCACACCCAAAGGCGAGAGCCAAAAAAAAGAAGCGGAAGACAGACUGAGGGUCUAGAGCAGAUCUCAGCUGACUUCCUCUCAGGGGUAGCUGGUUUGGGGCAGGGUUUCUGCACACUCCUCUGUAAGCAGCUCUGGAGAACCUGUCUGCCGAGGAGAGCCAAAGCAUUCUAUGCUAGCUGAGGGGUGGACAUGGUCCCCUGUGAAACUUCUGUCCAAAAAAUAUAAUCCUGGUGUCCGGCAACUUGGCCACCUAAAGGAUGGUGGGAAGAGGAAUCAGGAUGGAGGAAUGUUUCAAGGAGUGCCUCUUCUAAAAGUCUGAAAAUGUAGAUUUAUAUGAAAUGUCUUGUUUUGGAGACAGGGAUUCUCUAAUGCAGCUCUGGCUUUCCAGAACUCAGAGGUCCAUGUGCCUCUGCCUCAUGGGUGCUUAGAUCAGAGGCAUGCACUAUCACCCUGCAAACUGUUUUCAUUUAAAUACCAUGAACGCUUAACAUACAUUUCUAUGUAUUUAUAUGUAUGGGUUGGGUUACCCACCCAGACUGCCUGUUUCUAAUCAUGAUUAAAUGAGAACUUGGACCCCAA